AGAAAUCUUAACUUGAAGGAUAUAGUUAUCAAUCGUCUGAAAUAACUAACUAUAAAUAUAAUAGAUGUUAUAUUAAGUAAGACAAUCUUUCAGAAUAUACAGGGAUUAAUAGAACUUGAUGACUUGAAGUUGAUCAAGACAACAACAAGAAUUCACUCUGUCUCAAUGGUAAAAUAACGAUCAGGAAGAAAGGACACGUGUGUGACAAAUUUUAUAAUAUUGUAAACUGUUGACAGUUUUGAUGGAUUAAUUACUGUCUUUAAUAUACAAUGUAUAUUGUUCUAAUAAUAUGACUACUGCGUAUAUGAUUUGCAUACUGAUUCAUACAUACAAGUCAAACAGCCAGUGUUUACAGUCUGCGUAUCAUUUCAAGUCAUCACGGAAUUAAAAAGCGCAUUCAUGUCUUUCUACUGUAAAGAUAUUGAAGUAUCUGGAAGUUAGACACGAAGUGAUCUGAUCGGACGAGAAUCAUUUGAAAAAAAAAACAACAACAGAGGAUAUCAGUGAACAGUUCUGAAAUUUGGAGUUUUUGCAAUGGCGAAGAAGAAUACAUUGAAUAUCAAUCCAGUAUUCAACCAUAAGCAGUCAAUAGCGUUGGUGGACACAGCUGAAGAUCUCGUGGAUAGCUUGGAUAAUUUGUCUGUCUGUCUUAAACACAUAGAGGAAAUUCAUGUCCAGAAUAAAGAUGAAGCUUCAAAAGGAGAAACAAGUUUAUACGAAAAACUUAGGGAAAAUCUCGACGUUGCUCAAGAUCUAACAGACACGCUGAAACGGGAAAAAUGGCGGCUGAACAGACGACAAAUGAGCGUAGAGCUGCGAAUGGGAGAGUUGGAAGAAUACAAAUCACACAUGAAAGAAGAUAUGACGGAUAUGAAUCAGACAGUGGAGUCACUGAGCAUGCGCAUCAUUCAGUUGGAAGAUGCUCUUGUAGAAGCUCAAGAAUUACAGGAACACACUGAAGCUGAAAGGGCAGUCACACAAAAGCGUCUAGAUGUAUCGGAGAAAACAAUUAAAGAUUUAGAAGACAAACAAGCGAAACUGACAGAGGAAAUUGGCCAGCUUAAACCUGAAAGGAAAGUCUCUGUCUUGAAGAGACAGCUUAGUGAACUGGCUGAUAGGGUUGAAAUUCUCACGCUGGAAAAUACGAGCCUUAAAGACCUUAUCCGUGAAAAAGAGGAAACUGAGCAGCAUAAGCAGACAACUCAUGGCAGUGUUACUGAUGCUUCUAAAAUAAAUGGACAAAAAGAAACAGGACAUAUAGUGACAGAAAACAACAGCAAAUAUGAUGAAUACAUAGGGGAUAAUAAGGAGCAGCAGUCACCAUGCUCACCAGUAUUUACACAAACUACAGAGAUAGCGUAUGUCUGCGACUUUUCUUACGAAAAAUCAAACCUUAAAAGGGGAGAAACAGUUUAUCGAGAAACGAAAGAAAAUCUCGAGGUGCACGAGAUCAACAGACACACUGAAACGGAGAAAUGGCGACUGAGCAGACGACAGAUGAGUGUGGAGCUGCGAAUGGGAGAGUUGGAAGACUACAAAUUACAUUUUAAACAAGAUAUGACGGAUAUGAACCAGACAGUGGAGUCACUGAGCAUGCGCCUUAUGCAGUUGGAAGACGCUCUUGUAGAAGCUCAAGAAUUACAGGAACACACUGAAGCUGAACGGACAGUCACACAAAAGCGUCUAGAUGAAUCAGAGAAAACAAUCAAAGAUUUAGAAGACAAAGAAGCGAAAAUGAUAGAGGAAAUUCGCCAACUUAAGCUUGAAAGGAAAGACUCUGUGUUGAAAAGACAACAUAGUGAACUGGCUGACAGAGUUGAAAUCCUCAUGCUCGAAAAUAAGAGCCUUAAAGAUCUUAUACGUGAAAAAGAGGAAACUGAACAUCAGAUAGAGGCAAAUGCUAACAGUGUAACUAAUGCCUCUGAAACAAAUGUUAAGGAAGAAAAAGAUAAUAUUGUGACAGAAAGCAGUUGCGAAUGUGAUGAAAAGAUGGCGGAUCAAAAUGGACAGAAAUCCCCACCUCCACCAGAAUUUACACAAACCACAGAGAUAGCGUAUGUCUGAAUGAACACAUACCUGUGAAAAUGUCUUCCAUUAACUGUCAAAGUCUAUAUAAUAAUUAUUUUGAGUGUUCACUUGCAUGUUUUAACAUCGAGUUCUAUAGAACCAUGUUUUAGUAGUAUAUCAUUGUUAAUUAUUACAUCGCGGAAACGGAUUUUUAUAUAUGGGUGUUUUGAAACAUUUAGUUCGCAUCUACUGUAGAGAAAGUUCCUGCAAUCGGUACUCUGGCGUACAAUAUUAGAAUAUGUACUAAUUUAAGAAAAAAUGCAACAGACUGUAUUUAUAAGCAGUAAUGUAAUGUUCCUGCAGCAUCAUCUAGAUAUGAUCAAAAAUAGGACUAUUCCAAUCACGAACAGAUACAAAAUCUACAACGAUUAAUAAUAAAGGAAAAUCUUUAUAUUUGCUACAUGAAAAACAUAAUUAUAUAAAUAUCUCAUAACCAAUUGAGUUGAAAAAAAAAAUAAGUUGGAUCCUUGUGGAUCUGAUGUCAUUUAUAUAAGUUUUAUUUAUUUUGUGAUUUUAAUGAAUAUAUCAAUUAGUCAAUUUAAGAUAACCAAAUACUGAAGCGAAAUUUCAAGUUAUCAGUGAUCUAAAAAGGUUGUGAAAUUAUGAGUUGACUUUGAAUUACAGUUAUUACAAUUAUGUUAGAUGACAAUCAUGUUCAUCAAAGCUAUUAGGAAGAUGUUAUACUUUAUCGCUGGAUAAUUAAUUUCUUACAUUUUAAUGUAUUUACUUUAGUAUUAUAUUUUAAACUAUU